UGAAAAUGCAAGAGUACGCAACCUUUUUCAUCGAUCAUUUUUUUCUCUAUAAAUACAGCAUUUGGGACACCCACCUUAUUUGUGCAAAGCAUAAACUUGUAUUAAUAACUACACUUAUAGUAUAAGGAAACAAUAUAAUGGCGUCGGUGCAACAAUUUUCUGACAAGGAGAAAGCAGCAAUCGGAGAGGCAAUGAAGGAGGCAGAGUCGUUAAUGUUGGCAAAAAACAAGAAAGCGGCGGCGGCGGCGGCGGCUUCGAGCCAAGAUCAUGGAUUUUUGGUGAUUGGCGUUAUGAAGAAUCUCUACUCUACCGCGAUUGAGCGUUUGGGAGAAGAAUGGAACUGGAUGGGAUCAUUCGAGGAUUCCCCUCCACAGAAAAUCGAGAAAAAUGGUAUUGGUUCGUUUGCGCACAAUAGUAAGCCUGAGGAGGAAGAGUGCAGCGGUGCAUUUAAGUAUUGUUCCGAUUCUAGCUCAAAACUUAAACGUGGAUGGAUCUUGGCUUGGAUGAAGUACAAAGGAAAUAACAGGGUGUACGUGGAAGCUGGGACUCAACACAGGAUCAAUCAGCUAAAGGAGAGUGACAUUAAAUACAAACUAAAAGUAUCCGGCCCUACUAGUCGAUACUGGGAUAGCGACACAGGUGCUUCAGCCAUUGCUGAAAUCAAGGACUGGGAAGUUGACGGUGCUUUGAUUGCUGUCAGCUUUGAUCAGUUCUAAGUGAAUUCCUCCACGAGUCCACCGUCGAAAAGACAAAAACUAAGACGUGAUUAAAUAAUCCGUUUUCUCUAUUAUAUACAAGUACGUACUACAUUAUAAUAUGUACACUAUAUAUAUGCUGCUAGCUUUAUAUAUAUAGUGGAAUAAAUAAACAACGCCAUUCCCUUGGUUUUGUACUGCCGGAAGAUAUAAUGAAAUAUAUAUACUACAUCUAAUUUUAUCUA